CACAAUUGUAUAAAUACCUGUACGUGGAUCUCCAUUUUAAAGCCAAAAGCAAACCAUAACCAUACCUCAUUUCUUCUUAGUUUUUAGCCUUUGUUUUGCCAGCCCAUUUGUUAGUGUAAUUUGAUCAGAGAAGGCCAUGGCGAAGAUUGCUGUUGGAAGUGGCAGUGAGGCUAUUCAGCCUGACUGCAUCCAAGCACUCAUUGUUGAGUUUAUUUGCACUUUUCUCUUCGUUUUUGCUGGUGUUGGAUCUGCCAUGGCUGCCAAUAAGCUAAAUGGAGAUCCACUAGUGAGCUUAUUUUUUGUGGCGAUGGCACAUGCAUUGGUGGUGGCUGUAACAAUCUCUGCUGGUUUCAGAAUCUCUGGUGGACACCUCAACCCUGCUGUCACGCUUGGCCUUUGUAUGGGUGGUCAUAUCACUGUCUUCAGAUCAAUCCUUUACUGGAUUGACCAAUUAUUGGCUUCUGUUGCUGCUUGUGCUUUGCUCAAUUACCUCACUGCUGGAUUGGAAACACCAGUUCACACACUAGCAAAUGGAGUGAGCUAUGGUCAAGGGAUAAUUAUGGAGGUGAUUUUGACAUUUUCUCUAUUGUUCACUGUCUAUACUACCAUUGUGGACCCCAAGAAGGGAAUUCUUGAAGGGAUGGGCCCACUUCUAACUGGGCUUGUUGUUGGGGCCAACAUCAUGGCUGGAGGGCCUUUUUCAGGAGCUUCAAUGAACCCAGCAAGAUCAUUUGGGCCAGCUUUUGUUAGUGGAAUCUGGACUGAUCACUGGGUUUACUGGGUUGGGCCUUUGAUUGGUGGUGGGCUUGCUGGCUUUAUCUGUGAAAACUUUUUCAUUGUUAGAACUUAUGUUCCUCUUCCUAGUGAUGAAUCUUUCUAGGUUUUGCAUCAAAUGUUCCCUUCCUAUUGUGCAGUAUUGAAGUGGUUUUGUUUGUUAUGCAUGUACUAUCUUCUAUGUUUCCUUUUUUUAUAAGUUUAUAUGAACACUUUCCCUCCUUCGAUUAU